AUGGUUGAGACUUUAGGAAAUCAAUCAAUCAUUGAUCGUUUAGGAGAGAAAUGUUAUGAAACUCCGAAGAACAAAUGCAUGGAAUGCCCAGAUUGUCCAGAUCUCUGCGCGAACGCUACUUUACCAGCCGCUAAGGCAGAAUGUGUCCAGAAAUAUUCGCAUGCCUAUUACAAAUCCGCUGCAAUGGAAUUUAACAUAUACUGUAAACCUGGAUGGAAAGAUUUCCGCCCCGCUUUCGCUCAAUACAUUGGCGUACUGAUCGGGAAUAUCAUUCUCGGCUACGUGGCGGACCGAAUUGGACGUCGCAAGACCUACUUGAUCUCGUUGUUCAUCGGAAUACCGGCCCUUGCCCUAUCUGGCGCCUUCGACAGUAUCGCUCUGUUCUAUUUCUUGAGAGCAUUGACUGGUAUCGGAAUCGCAGGUACCAUGAUUGUCGGGUGGGCGUACUUUUCUGAGUUAGUCUCUGCACAUCAACGAUUCAAACUGAGAACGUUCAGUAACUGGGCUAACGGUCGUAUUAUGCUGACGUUGGUCUGUCUAUUUGCGGGAGAAUGGCGUCUCUCAUCGUAUUUAUCAGCAAUAAUCGCCUGCAUCAAGCUCUGUAUUGUGUUGUUUAUUCUGCCAGAAAGUCAUAUUUGGCUGAGGAAAAAGGGACGAUAUGCUGAAAGUGAAGAAAGUCGCAAACGUGUCGCAAAGCUUUCUGGUAUGCCGUUUGAGCCAAAUCCACCCCCUGAGGACAAAGGUGAGACACCAAAGGAGCCGGAAAAAUCAAUCGGAAUCAUCGAUGUGUUCAAGGAGCCACAGUUGCGAAGAAAUCUUCUCGUUCUCUGGAUGAUGUGGUUUGUGACCGGAAUGACUGCUUAUCUUACUGAUCUCUGCGGUGGUGACAUGACGAAAAACUUCUGGAUUGGACAGUUCUUAUCAGGAAUUCUGCUUUCAGUCGUCAGGAUUCUAAUUGGAUUUGCUGAUGGGUUCUUACCAUGGAUGGGUCGUCGCUUUGUGUUGCUUGUUUCCCAGGGUCUGGCUGUUGGAUUCUUCGCUUGCGUCAUCGCUUUCUUGUUUAUGGGACAAAAGGGCGAAUGGUAUUACACCGCUGUCUAUCUGGCGGCAUUCGUGUUCACCUCAAUCGUUUGGGAGCCAUGCUAUCUGUGUGCUUCGGAAUUGAUGCCGACAGAUGUCCGUGCAACAAGUACAGCCUCAUGUUCGAUUGUCGGACGUAUCGCUAACAUUAUGGCUUCCAUGCUGAGUGGCUUGAAGACUGUCUACGAACCCGGUGUUCACAUGAUUUCAAUGGCAUGUGGUGCUGCGAACGUACUUGUAGCGUUCAUCUGGCUUCAAGAGACCAAGAACUGCAGCCUCGACACCGUUGGCAAGAAGGCUGAAGUACCUGCUGAUGCAAAGACCGAUGCCAAGGAGAUGGAGACACUUCUUCCGAAGGCAGGUGAUGGUGCGGCAGCCGCUGAUGGCAGCUCGACGUCAAAGGACGACGGCGAAGCUAAGCACUAG